UCGCUAGUCGGCUACUCCUGAGGUGCAAAGUGCAAGCGGCAAACCCACCCAACCGCUCCUCCGCGGCCUGGUCGACGGGUCAUCCUACUCACGCAGUCACGCUCACGCACGCCCCCGCUGGCCGCCACCGCCCCCCGCCGCAUCCUGUGCUCUCAUCGCGCCCACACCGGCCCACCUCGGGCGCGUCCCGCCUCCGCCCCGCGCUGGCUGUGGCUGUCCGCCGGCCGUCCUUGCUCGCCGCCGCCACUCGACGACCGAGGUGGGUCGUCUUAGGGGUUAUUGCUUCAAUACGGCGGCGAGGUUCUGGAAUAGUUGUGGUGGGAAGGGCUGAACUUCCGUGCCUGUGAUCAACUCUGCUAUGCGUCUCACCAUUUCAGUAUAAGGAAACACACCAUAUUAUCAGUUUACACCAAUGGCAACAAUUACGUAGUGUUCAUUCUUUGUCAAGUUGGUUGGAGCAAAUCCAGGGAUGCCAUGUUCCGGGCUUUUUAUGCUGCUUUGGAUGGUCAUCAAUUUUGAAGAAUUGGACUGGACAGCUUGGAUCAAGGUAGAUACACAGAGGACUGGAGCUUGACAAGCUGUUGGGUAUUUGGUUCGGAGGUGUGGAUCCAUACUGAUCUCCCUAUUAUUGGUGCACCAUGAAUGGUGUGCAGAGCUUAGAAUCUCUGGCUGCUGGGGAUGGCAGGCAUAAUCUUUUACGUACCCUUGGGCCUACACUCCUGAUUUCAAUGGGGUAUAUUGACCUUGGAAAAUGGUUGGCGACUGUAGUUGCUGGAUCUCGGUUUGGGUAUGAUCUUGUGCUGGUGGUGGUGCUUUUCAAUUUCUCAGCCAUUCUAUACCAGUAUCAGUCGGUUUAUAUAGGCGUGGUCACAGGAAAGAAUCUUGCAGAGAUUUGCCACCAGGAGUAUAGUCGGACAAUCUGUUUUGUUCUUGGUCUUCAGGCAGGACUGUCCUUGUUUACUGCAGAACUGACCAUGAUUGCAGGCAUAGCAAUUGGGUUCAACCUUGUGUUUGAAUAUGAUGAUCUCAUCACAGGCAUAUGUUUCUCAAGUGUUGUAGUUAAUCUGCUACCAUACGCUAUCUCCCAUCUGGACAAGAGGAUGGCUGGAACACUCAAUGCUUGCGUAGCAGGCUUUGCACUUCUUUGUUUCGUGCUAGGUUUGUUAGUCAGUCAACCAAAAGUCCCCAUCAAUGUGAAUGUGACGUUCCCCAAGUUGAGUGGUGAGAGUGCUUACUCACUGAUGGCACUUCUUGGCGGAAAUGUAAUAGCAAACAACUUUUAUGUUCACUCAUCAAUGGCUCAGGUCCAAAGAAGAUCUCCAGCUCCUACCCUUGGUUCCCUGUUUCAUGACCAUCUGUUUUCUAUAUUAUUCAUAUUUACUGGGGUUUUUCUUGUGAACUAUGUUCUACUAAGUUCAGCGGCAGAUGAAUCCAGUAACAUAACACUUGUCAACUUUCAAGAUGGUAAAGAGUUAAUGAACCAGAUAUUUGUGAGUCCUGCAGCACCAGUUGUGUUGUUAGUGAUCCUUCUCUUUUCAAGCCACAUCAUCUCACUGACAUCCAUUAUUAGUAGUGAUGUGAUUUCAAAGAAUUUUUUUGGUGUUAAACUGCCUCAUUCUGCACAUCAUCUGCUACUUAAGGGUUUCGCUGUGAUUCCUACUAUCUACUGUGCAAAAGUUGCAGGUUCUGAAGGGAUAUAUCAGUUACUUAUUAUCUGCCCAGUUAUCCAGGCUAUGCUCCUUCCUUCAUCUGUUAUCCCCCUUUUUCGUGUUUCCUCAUCAAGAUCAAUAAUAGGAAGCUACAAAAUAUCUUUGUAUGUUGAAAUAUGUGCCGCUCUUGCAUUUCUUCUUAUGCUAUUUACAAAUAUCAUUUUUGCGGCGGAAAUCUUAUUUGGUGUCAGCACCUGGACAAACAAUCUCAAAGGAAACACUGGAGGCCAUGUUUUACUUCCAUAUACUGUCAUGGUCCUAGUUUCUCUUGCAACUAUUGUUUUUACACUAUUCCUUGCUGUUACUCCACUAAAGUCAGAAAGUAAUGAAGCUGGAACUCAGGAGUUGUCUGUGCACUCACAGAGAGAACCAUUGGACAGUACUCAUCAUAGAGAAGAGACUUAUCUGCAGAAUGUGGCACAUGAAGAGGUCCAGCGGCCUUCUGUUGAUGCUGUUCCAAAGGAUUCAUUGGAAGGACAUCACAAGUCAGCUUUGGGGCAUACCGAGGGUUCUGACAACUCUACAGAAUCUGAUCGUGAUGCACAGCCACCAACUCCUCAUAGGGAAAUUAAUCCAGAAUCUCACCCCUCAUCAUCUAUAUUCCACAAGGAGCCAAAAUGUGUUGAGGUUGGUUCAACAGAGGCAAUGUCAAAGGUUUCUACUGAUGCCGUAGUAGAACAAAGUACUGCAGAGAAUAUGAAAGUGAAGACAGAAACUGAGAAGAUUGUUCAAGUAGAACCAAAUGUUUGCACACAGCAGGAUACUGAGGUUUCACAUGAUUGGGAAUUUGAGAAGUCUCCUGGAGGUAGGGCACCUUCUUUCACUUCUGAUGAUCUACCAUCUCUUACGUUGAGCAGGGGGGAUGACACUGAUGCUGGUAAUGUCAGUGGUACUGUUAUCCCCUCAAGACAGUCUGCGUUGGGCCGUGCAGCAAAGAGGCAGUUAGCCGCAAUUCUUGAUGAGUUCUGGGGGUUUCUUUUUGAUUAUCAUGGUAAGCUUACGCAAGAGGCCAACACUAAAAGGGUCAGCCUUUUGAUUGGACUGGACUUGGGAGCAGCUGGUUCUGCUGUGAGAAAAGAUAACCUAUCCAUUGAAGCAUACAGGAGCCCCAUGAUGAGAGAUGAAAUGCUUGGGUCAGCUACUGUACUGAACACAUGGGACUCUCGUGAUAAGGAUCUCUCUGAUCCAGACAGGGGUUAUGGGCUCCAGAUGGGUGCCAUGGGUUCACCAACCUGGUCUCAAAGCAUGCAUUUACCGAACAGAGAUAUCCCAAGUUCAGGCAGAACCUUCAUUGAGCAAAAUGCUGAACACUUCUCAAGUUUCCAUGCGCCAUCAUAUCCAGAUAACCAGUUUUAUCAACCUGCUACCGUUCAUGGGUAUCACCUAGCAAACUAUUUGAAAGGCAUGAAUGCAAGUCGAAAUCUGCACUCAAGCAGCCAACUGGACCCACGGCAACUUCCUAUAUCUCCUGAAUCUGCUACUAAAUAUACCGCCUCUGUGAUGAAUGCUCGUAACCAGGAUGUGCUUGGAUCACUGGGAGCUGGCUCUUUGCAAAGCCCAACCUUGAACCGCUUAAGUACAAUAGCAAUGGAAAGAUCUUAUUACGAUCCUACCUACAUUGGUGAGGGUGAGAGUGUAGACUCAUCUGCUUACUCAAAGAAGUACCACAGUUCACCUGACAUAUCUAAGGUUAUUGCCGCAAGCAGAAAUGCUGUUCUGAAUGAAGCGAAUUUAGGCGGUCCUGCUGCAAAUCUGUCAUAUCUUAGUAGGUUGGCAUCUGAAAAAUCACGGUAUGUGGACUCAGCGAGCGGGGCCUCAUCUCCACUUAACUUGCUCUCACAUCAUAAUGCUCAGAAAGGUAUGUCUAUGCAGUCGAGUAUGAACACUAACACCAAAUCCCUUUGGGCCCAGCAGUCGUUUGAACAAUUGUUUGGUGUGCCAAGUGUAGAGUUGAAUAAAAGAGAAAUGAACACCAGCCGGGGAUCAAGUAGUGCCACAAAGGAUGAUUUCUCUUACGCAGCGUGUGAGGCAGAACUUCUUAGCUCACUUAGAUUUUGCAUCAUGAAGCUGUUGAAGCUGGAAGGAUCAGGUUGGAUCUUUAGUCAGAAUGGCGGUUGUGAUGAAAAUCUAAUUGAUCAACUCUCUGAAGCCGAGAGAGUUUCACGAGAAAAAACCAGUGAUGAAAGAGAUGCCAAUGCUGUGUGCAGAGUGCCCAAUUGUGGAGAUGAUUGUGUUUGGAGAGCUUCACUUGUUGUUAGUUUUGGUGUCUGGUGUAUCCACCGGGUGCUAGACCUUUCAUGUGUGGAAAGUAGGCCAGAACUAUGGGGGAAAUAUACUUACGUUCUCAACCGUCUACAGGGAACCAUUGAGCCCGCAUUCUCCAAGCCCCGGAGACCCCUAUCGGGGUGUGCCUGCCUCGCGAACGCAGGUGUGGUUGGCAAGCCCAUCCCCGGAAGCUUCACCACGGCAGCUGCGAUCCUGGAGGUGAUCAAGGGCGUGGAGCAGGCCGUCUCUGCCCGCAAGGGCCGGAGUGGCACGGCUGCUGGAGACGUCGCCUUCCCCAAGGGGAAAGAGAACCUGGCCUCCGUGCUCAAGCGGUACAAGCGCAGGCUCUCCAGCAAGACGCCGGCAGGGCGGUAGAACAAGAAAAAAGAUCCUGGACACGCAUGCUGUUUUUGCUGACUGACUUAGCGCCGUUGUAGGCUGCGUGCCAUUUUGCUGCUUCUGGUUCUGGUGUCAUUGGUUCCAGGUUUUUUUAAUCUCCUUUUUGGCCCUUGGUCCGUC